AUGAUCCGCAGACCUAUGCCUGGCGUGUCCAACGUAGACGGUGGACGAGCUAAUACUGCCUCCGGAAUACCUCCCGGCGACACCAACUGCCUGGUGAACAUUGCGGACUUCAUGUUCGUACAGGGCGACGUCCCCACGCUGACCGCGUACAUGAUUGCAGCGGACCAGCACGACGCCUGCUGCAGCAUGCUGCGGCCGCGUCCAACGGCCGCCCAUCGCAUCGAGCUAUGA